AUGGCGCAGUGCCCUUACGGAUGUGAACAACUGACUAAAGAUGUCUACCAGUGUGCCUUGUCAGUCAUGAGCCGAGAUGGCUCAGAAGCAGACCUGCGCAGAAUGACGGCCGGCUUCAUGGGCAUGGCAGUGGCCAUCAUCCUCUUCGGCUGGAUCAUCGGUGUGCUGGGCUGCUGCUGGGACCGAGGCCUUAUGCAGUAUGUGGCGGGGCUUCUCUUCCUCAUGGGAGGAACCUUCUGCAUCAUUUCACUGUGCACCUGUGUGGCUGGGAUCAACUUCGAGCUGUCGCGCUACCCACGCUACCUGUACGGACUCCCUGAUGACAUCAGCCAUGGCUACGGAUGGUCCAUGUUCUGUGCGUGGGGGGGCCUGGGCCUCACACUCAUCUCGGGAUUCUUCUGUACCUUGGCCCCCUCUGUCCAACCUGUCCCGAGGACCAACUGCCCUAAAUCCAGACCCGAAAAUGGGACAGUGUGCUAA